GGGGAGUUUUUACAAUUUGGCCCAUAACAUAGUAUUUUGCUUUUCAGCUCCAGAAUUUCCAUUUGGUUCCUUUUUAUAAUUUCUAUCUCUUUAUUGAUGUUAUUCUCUUAAUUUCCUUUAGUUCUUUGUCCAUAGUUUUCUUGAGCAAUUCGAGCACAUGCAAGAUGUUGAGUUAGCAUCUUUGACUAACCACCCCAGUGUCUGGGAUUCUCCGGAUAGUGUCUGUCUGAUUCUCCUUUUCCUGCUAAUGUGUCACAUUUUCCUUUUCCUUUGUGUACUGGUUGAUUGAAAAUUAGAACAUUUUGAGUAUUCUAAUGUGGUAACUUUUCUCUUGAAAUGAGAUUCUUCCUCUUCUAGGGGAUUUCUUUUGUUACGUGUUAAGGACUGCAGUUGUCUGGUGAUUUUUCCAAACUGUUUGUAAAGUUUGUAUUCCUUGUUGCAUGUAGUCACUGAAGUUUCUGCUGCUUUUGUAUGUAGUCAGCCCCGUGACCUGACGUUGCCUCAAGUGCUCUUACUGGAGGUUUGUAGGGGAGUGUGUGUGUCCUGUAAAGUCCUAGGAUGGAUGCUGCUUGGGUAGCCAGUGCAGGAGAAGCCAGACAAAGCUGUAGGAGUCCAUCAGAUUGGCCAGAAUGCAUAGCCCCCAACUUUUGGAGGACAUGGCAGUUUUAGUCCACUUGGCAUCAACUAGCCACUCUAGUAAUGUGGGUCACCGUCCCAGCAGAGGCUGUGGCAGGGCUGAGAAAUGGGCAUGAUAGCUGGUUUGUGCACACUGCUCUCUUAGAGAGGUUUUGCCACCUCUCCCAUCAUCAAGUAUUGCCUUAGUUGCUGUAAGUGCCUAAUCGGAUUCCAGAGUUCCAAAAUAGUUGAUUCUGAUCACUUUAACAGCUAACUGGUUGUUUGGGCAGAGGGACUGACCCCUUGAGUUUCCUAGUCCACCAUUUUCUGUAACAUCACUUAUGACAUUUAUUUUUGUAGAACUGUUUUUAAAAGUCUUGUUCUCAUUUUAAAUUCCUCAUCAGAUAUUUACAAUCUUCAGAAGAUGAGUAUUCAAUGAGUAGUGUUAGGAAAAUAGGCUAGCUAUUUGGGAGUAAAAAGGACUGGAUCCUAACCUUACUCCUUAUGCCAAAAUAAACUCAUUGUGUAUUAGACAUUUGAAUGCUUUUUUUUUAAUGGCAUCAUGAAAAAACCUGGAUAAUUCUUUUUACUUUUUAAAAAUAAUCUUGGAGCUGGAUACGUUUCUUUGUCUAACACAAAACCCUGGAGCUAUAAAAGCAAAGAUUGGGUAAUGUACAUAAGUUUCAAAGUUAAUUUCCUGAAUUAAACAAAAAACUAGAAAUCAAUAAAAUGAAUUGCCUAAUUUAUUUGAGCAAAGGGUAUGACUGAUAUGUUCCUGGAAAAACAAAUGGCCAGUAACAUGAGUAGAGUAUCAUCAGUCUUAUUCAUGUUGACCAAGACAAGAAUGAAUCAUGGAUUAUUCACUUACAAGAUUGGCAAAAAUUUUUUCCCCUUGUUUGAUAAUGUCUGGUUUUGGUAAGGGUGUUGGGGGAGUGGACACUCUUACUGUUGGUAGGCUUGUGAUUUGGUGCAGCCUUUCUGGAAAGCAAUUUGGUAAUACGUAUAUCAGAAAGUCAAAAACCCUUUGACCCAUAUAUUCCAAAGAUAUGCCAAAAUAGCUAUGUAUAGUUGUCCAUUAUAGCAUUGCUCAUAAUUUCAAAAACCCAACUGAAAUUGGAAAGAGAACUGCUUAAAUUAAGUUAGGAUAAAUUGUAUAGCCAUUAAACAGACUAAGUUAGCUUUUUUGUGCUAAUGUAGUAUGUUGGUCCAUUUGGCUACUGUAACAAAAAACCAUAGACUGGAUGGUUUAUAAACAAAUGACAGAAAUUUAUUUCCCAGAGUUCUGAAGGCUGGAAAGUCCAAGGCACUGGCAGGUUCUUGUCUGAUGAGGGCCUGCUUCCUGGUUCUUAGACAGCCAUCUUUUCAGUGUAACCUCACAUGGCCAAAGGGGGCAAAGGAAUUCUCUGGUGUUUCUUUUUCAAAAGCACUAAUACCAUUCACAAGGACUCUGCCCUGAUGACCUCAUCACAUCCCAAAGGCCCCACAUCCAAAUACUGUCACAUUGGGGAAAUAGGUUUCAACGUGAAUUUUUGGGGACACAACAUUCUAGAGCAUAUCAGAAGAUCUGCAAGGUACAUUAAGUCAUAAAAGGUAAAUGCAGAAUAAAAUGUUGGUAAUGACCCAUUUUAGUAGGAAUAUUUAAAGGCUAAAUAUGAUUUAUUCUAAUAUAUGCAGAGAGAAGUUUCUAGACAUAGACCUAAGAGUGUGUUAAUGGUGGUUUCCUUUGUGUGGGGGCUAGGAAUAAAUGGUCGAGAGUUGGCAUGUGGUUUUUGGUUUUUGUUGUUGUUUUUCAGCUUUCUUUAAUUUUUGUUUGCAUGUUAUAUUGUUCCCUACCCCCUUUUUUUCAAAUAGCUAAAAACAAAGUUCUAUAGUGAUGAGGUCUUGCAGAGGAGCUGUUUACCCAGGUGUAGUUCUCAGAGGCAUUACUCUAUACAUUUAUAUACUACUAAGCUUCAUUUCGAAAUUGCAAAUACCUAGUUUGUUUCCUGAUCUAUUUUUUAUUUCAAAUUAUUAAUGACUAAUCUGUUUUGGUAUCUUAGGUGGGGUGAUGUGGUAGGAAAAUAACAUAGGCUUUGGAGUCAUAGAAACUUAGAUUCAAAUCCCAACUUAAUAAAAACUAGCUUUUAUUUUUACCUUAGGAAAGAAAUAGCUGAACUUGAGAAUAUCAGUCCCUACAUUUACAGAGUCAUGAUCAAGAUUAAGUGAAAAAAGGUGUACAGUUCCUGCACCAAAGAAGAUUUGUGAUGAAAUGGAGCCUGGAACAAAUUCUUUUCGAGUAGAAUUUCCUGAUUUUUCCAGCACCAUUCUGCAGAAACUGAACCAGCAGCGCCAGCAAGGACAAUUAUGUGACGUCUCCAUUGUUGUCCAAGGUCACAUUUUCCGGGCACACAAAGCUGUUCUUGCUGCCAGUUCACCCUACUUUUGUGACCAGGUACUCUUGAAAAACAGCAGGAGGAUUGUUUUGCCUGAUGUGAUGAACCCAAGAGUGUUUGAGAACAUUCUCCUAUCUACUUAUACAGGACGUCUAGUAAUGCCUGCCCCAGAAAUUGUUAGUUACUUAACAGCAGCAAGCUUCCUUCAGAUGUGGCAUGUGGUAGACAAAUGCACUGAGGUUUUAGAGGGAAACCCUACAGUCCUCUGUCAGAAGCUAAAUCAUGGCAGUGACCACCAAUCUCCAAGCAGCAGUAGUUAUAAUGGUUUGGUAGAGAGCUUUGAGCUGGGCUCUGGAAGCCAUACUGAUUUCCCCAAAGCCCAAGAACUGAGGGAUGGGGAGAAUGAAGAGGAGAGCACCAAAGACGAGCUGUCAUCUCAGCUCACUGAGCAUGAAUACCUUCCCAGCAACUCGUCCACAGAACAUGACCGGCUGAGCACUGAAAUGGCUAGCCAGGACGGGGAGGAAGGGGCCAGUGACAGCGCAGAGUUCCACUACACCCGGCCCAUGUACAGCAGGCCCAGCAUAAUGGCUCACAAACGCUGGAUCCAUGUGAAGCCUGAACGCUUCGAACAAGCAUGCGAGGGCAUGGAUGUACAUGCGCCCUAUGACGAGCACCAGGUCACUGAGUCUGUCAAUACCAUGCAGACGGAGCACUCAGCCCAACCUUCAGGAGUAGAGGAAGACUUUCACAUUGGGGAAAAAAAAGUGGAAGCAGAGUUUGAUGAACAGGCUGAUGAAGGCAAUUAUGAUGAGCAGGUGGAUUUCUAUGGCUCUUCCAUGGAAGAGUUUUCUGGAGAGAGGUCAGAUGGGAAUCUGAUGGGGCACAGACAGGAGGCUGCCCUAGCAGGAGGCUACAAUGAGAAUAUUGAAAUGGUAACGGGGAUUAAAGAGGAAGCUGCCCAUUUAGGAUUCUCAGCCACUGACAAGCUGUAUCCUUGUCAGUGUGGGAAAAGUUUCACUCACAAGAGUCAGAGAGAUCGACACAUGAGCAUGCACCUUGGUCUUCGGCCUUAUGGCUGUGGUGUCUGUGGUAAGAAGUUCAAAAUGAAGCAUCAUCUUGUGGGCCACAUGAAAAUUCACACAGGCAUAAAGCCGUAUGAGUGUAAUAUCUGUGCAAAGAGAUUUAUGUGGAGGGACAGUUUCCAUAGGCAUGUGACUUCUUGUACCAAGUCCUACGAAGCUGCAAAGGCUGAGCAGAAUACGACUGAGGCUAACUAAAAAUAGGAUCUGGCCCUUGAGUGGCAGGCAUAAAAAUAAACUAUGGUAAUUAUGCAAAUCUGGGCACAGAUGAUGCGUGCUACUUGCUAUUAUGAGAGAAUCCUAAAAAAAAGGAGAUAUUUCUGAAAGACCAGCUCUAAGUAGGCCAGUUAAAAAAUCUAAUUCCUCAGAUUUGUAUAUUGCUGUCCAGUCUUGGAGUGAGUAAUGGGGCUAAGUUUACCCACCUCCCAGCUGGCAAAGUAAAACCUUUAGGCCUGCUGUGAUUUGGGGCGGGUGGACAUGGUGGUAGGGCACCCUCACUUGGAACUGGACUCCUCAGCCCGCCAGUUCCAUUUCAGGUGGCAGUUUUGAUCACUCUUGACUACAAGGUCGUGUUGGGGUUUUGUUUUGCUUUUACUAUGAUACUUAGGUAAGGCAGAUUUGUUUUGGUAGCUGCUUCACUGAAUGAAAUGCUACUUUAGUAAAAGCUACAAAUAAUGUGAUUCCUAGGAUGCUAAAUUGAUUAACAGAGUUCUCUAUCUGGUUUUAUUCUUUCUGAAGGGUAUUGUAACAAAAACUGUGGAAAUACUAAGAGGGUGACAUUCUAAGUAUGAAAAAUAACUUAUGGUACAAGCUUCAAUUUCUGUAAGAUGCCACUGUCACAAUGUGUUUCAGACUCUUAGUAAGGCAGAGUUUUAUGUUUUAGUGCUAACAUUUAGUUUGAACAAUUAUAUCUAAUUGUAAUUCUCUAGGGCACCAGAGAUGGGUAUUUCUAAUUGGUUUGCUGUCCCAAAUCCCAUUUAAUUGAAGCAUCUACAUAAUGGGACCUGCUCUGUGGCUAGUAGAUGUCUAGCUGCUUUGACUCUGACCAUGGUACUAUUGGCUGCUCCAGCCAUUUUGCUCUUAGGCAAUGGUGCUUCUCAAAGAGUGACCACAGUUAGUGGGGAGGAGCCAGAAGUCAGGUCUGAGAGUUACCUGUGAACUUCAGGAGUCAAUAGAGUGCUACAGUGACACUCCAACUGUCAGAAUGAGAGUUGCUGAGUAGCAGAAUUUUGAGUGGCAGAUUAUACUUGAGGGAAAAAAACAACUGCCUAAGAAAAGAGGAGUCUUGAAAAUACACUGGUGGGGGAGAUAUUCAUAGAGGGGUGCACUGAGCUAAUGCUAUCAGUUCUUGAGGCAUGCUGGGAUGUUUUUUAAAAGGGGAAAAGGAGUCCUAAUUUUAGAAAGUAGUCCACAGAUUCAUGCUCCCAGAUUAUAAAACUGCAUAUAUUUACAAGUUCACAUAGCUAUACCUACCAAAAAAAAAAAAAAGCAGCUAUUCUGAGACCUUUUCUGCAGAUCAGUCAGAUGUUUUAGGUUAAAAAAGAAGCAUAUUCUGGAUGUUUUUAAGCUGUAUAAUAUACCUAAGUUAUCACCAGGGUAGGACAGGGUGCUACUGUUAUGUCAACUCUCCAUAAACUUACUGAUCUAUUACUUCCAAGUGGAAAACUUUCUUGAAAAUAAAAACAGCUUUUCUUGGAUUUGAGGUGAAAUUUUGUUUUAAAAGUUUGGCUUUGCUCAUGUGUGAUAGACACUGUUGGCAAUGGCCUGUGAUCCUCAAGCUCCAACCACCAAGGCAUUUACUUAUUGAACUUCUGGAAGGGGGAAGGGAAGUACUUAAUCACCAGUUGCUCUUGUAACCAAGAUUAUGAAACAGGGAUCUGUUCACUAACACUGUAUCAUUCUCGAUAUAUAAGAAGCACUUUGUAUUAAAAACUUUAUUAUAAAAAAAAAAAUAUAUAUAUAUAUAUAUAUUGAUUUUUUUUAACCUAUAAACUAGAUAUUACCUCCUGGUUGUUUGCCAUAUUAACAUCCUCUUCUUAGUGUUGAAGUUUCACCAGUUAACAGUCCUUUCUCUGUGUACCUCACAGAAGUGUAUAGAAGUGACUGUACAGUCAAACUCAGUUGCUCCUUUGUUCUCAUGUUAGAAGCCAGUGGGUUUAGGUAUGAUCCCAGCCAAUUAUGUGUGAGGAGAAAUCGUUCUGUUACUCCUAAUAAUUUCAGUGCUAAGGCAGUGAAGCCAUUUUGUUCUGCCAAAAGCUGAUCACCCUCUUCCGUGGUAUUGGCAAACCAUUUUCUGCCUGUUUAGAAGGUUUGUUGUAGUGUUUCCCACUAAAAAUUAUAACCAAAUGAGCAUUGGGACAUUUGGGGAGAAAAUAAAAAUACUCUGGAAAAAUUAUGCUUCAGUUAUGCUGCAGUUAGCAGAGCGCCCUUGUCACGUAAUGAUGACGAGCUCUCAGCCAGCCAGCCCUUGGGUGGCAGUCUGGGAGCAUUCAGUUGUGUUGGGACUUAUUUAAUAUGUUGUGAAGAAAGGUGUAUCUUUUCUUGAAAUCCUUACAUGUGGAAUUUAAAAGUGUAAGUUCUUAACAUCUGCUGUUUUAAGUUUUUUAUGAUAAUUGGGGUUUCUGUGUUGGGUCAGUUAGACCCUGUAAGAUGGUUGGGCAUCAAAAUGCUGCCCAUGUUCAGAGAGACUGGGGGAAGGGACUGCCUUAGUUUGAGUAUUAAAAGUGAAUUUUUAAAGCCUUGCUCUUUAAGAGUAGGGGAUCGUUUUUUUCCUGCCUACCCUGGGUUGGAUAGAUUAGUCUCUCUCCUUAGCCUCAGUGCAGCUUUAGAAAAUCUUUAUCCUUCCAAAAGAGUUUGGAUAGUUGUGGGUAACAUUUUCCAAACAGCCUUUCAGGGAUUGUCAGUGGCCUGCAACCAAGGUAUUUGUCCCCUGCUUUGAGUCUUCAUUGUGGUUUUUCUCCAGUCCCAGUUGGAAAGGGCUUCAAGGCACCGCCAGUGGUAUUCAAUAUUAGUACUUACACCAUGCCUUUAAUUUAGACAUACACAUUAUAAUAAUCCACUUGGUAAAGUAGGAAUCACUGUCUAAGGAAGGCCUGAGAGAGCCUUUCCUCAGGUACUGAGGGUUAUUACCCUCAGGUGCUCCUGGGCCCCAGCCCAAUUCUGGUCUCUAAAUCUCACCUUCCUCCAGGCCCUUCUUUUGGCCACUCCUUACAAAGAGUGCAUGAAAGAGUCCCCUCCGUUACAGUGGGCAUUUGCUGGACCAAAGGGACCCUAGGCACACUUCUAGCUGUUCAGGAAAGCUGCUUAGACUUAGUGGCUUCUCCUGCUGCUAGUGUGAGGCUGAGACAGAGCAGAAGCAGCUUUCCCAGGAAAGGAUUCACUGCAGCCCUUUAGUGAGGGUGGAAAGGGCUCCAUCACACCAGAUUCAGGAGUCUGCUUUCAUAAGGUCUCUGAUGAUUAAGGAAUGCUGGAAGCCAAGCAACAUAUCCCAGCCCCAGCCUGUGCCACACUAAUUUUGUGAUUUAAUUGCUCUCAUUGGAACUAACUUUGUUCAGUGAAACCAGGGUUUGUUUGGGCUUUUUCUUUGCUACUUACAUAUUUAAAGGUACCUGUUUCUUACUUCAGAUCUCUACUGAUAAUGCCCUAUGGGAAAGAUGCUGGAACACAUUUUGCAAAUGUGACUUUUUUUUUUUUUUUUUUUAGUGUUGCUUGAAGCCUGUGUCAUAAUAUCAGUUGCUGCUGCCUUCCUUCCUUUAAGAGGUUCCCAAUGUUUCUUCCAUAAAAUUACUUUAUUUAUGCAAGUCAGGUGACUCUUAGACCACAAAAUCAUUUGAUGAUAAACAGAUUAUCAUUAGGUGCAUAUCUUAUUGAUUUUUUGUGAAAUGUUAUGCCUGUAUUGCAAAAGUUGAAUAGUUUUGUCUUUAUAUAUUGCUGUCUUCAGUGUACAGCAUGGUUUUACUUAAUUGAAUGUUACUGUUUAAUAUUUUCUUCUUAUAGAAGAGUUCAUGCCCUUUUGUAUGACAUGUUUUAAUAAAUGUUACCUGUCAACUUUG